AUGGUUUCUUAAAAUUUACUAUCUUCUGUCCAGGCUGGGAGUAGACGGAGAUGAAACUAUAAGUAUAUUUUUCAUUUUGCGGUAAGUAUGAUUUUUGUUUUUCGUUGGCUUCAUGGGUGUCUCUUUAGAUCCUGCAUGCUGUUCCCAGCAGGGUUAAAAAUCCUGUUGGGUUGUGGACAGUAUUGGUUCUUUUAUGUGGUCUUUGCACCAUCCCUCUGCAUUCCUGGCAUAGUGAUUCGAUCAUUGACCCCUAGGGCCCACAAUCAGAUCAGACCGAUAUUGCUCAAUCAAGGUGGGCAUAUCGGGGCCAGAUCUGCUCGUUUGGCGACCUCUCCAAAUUAGCGGAGCUGCCCUUAACACCUAAGCAACUUAGGAUACGCAAAUUCACAGGGGGAGUGCCAAAAUGUUCAUAUAAUGUCCAUAUAACUAUAGUAUCUGAUAAUAUAUCAGGAGACUAAAAAAUUCAACCAUAAAGAGGUUGGCAUAAGACAGGGCAACAUUACUAUCCAUAGCAGUACCCUGAAAUUGGUGGUCCAAGACAAAAGUAAAAAGUUCACUAAAAACAUGUGACACGUGGGUAUGUGUACGGCCAUGUUCGAGGGCCAAACGAUCAAUCAAACCAAUAUCUUCCACCCUGUCAUCUUUCAGUGCAAAGACACCUUUACCUGUCUUCAAUUCCACAUCAGAAACUUUGUGAAUAACUCCCUUGGACUAGUUUAGAAACUCUUUCACGACCAGACUGUGAUGAAUUCUGAGAUGGAAAAGGGCAUGUUGUUUAGCUGUUGGAAUGUGUUUGUAUAUUUUCCUAUAAUGCCCCCAUUUUCAGUGUAGAAAAGGCAGUGAAAGGCACAAAACAAUACCCAGCCCCCUCCCCCACUAAAGCUACUUACUGGACAUACCAGUGUAUCCCUGGGGGUGUGGCAAACUCCCUCCCUCUACAAAAACAAAGAAGUGUUGGUCUGGGAAGUGGGGGUUGUUGUGUUUACAGCAAGGGCUGACUAAGCUGUAUGUGUAGCUCCUGGCUUGGGGCACUUUUUCAGAGAAAUUGGGGUGCACCCUAACUGUGGCAGAGAAUCCCACCUUGGCACCUCCCUGGAACCUACCCUAGCUAUGACAGGAAGACUCCUUCCAACAGUUUGGAUUCCCCUACCCCUGAGAAGGAGUGCUUAUUGGUGGAACUUGGCAAGUUAGAGGUAUUGUUAUGCUAGAGUUACCCAAAGGAAUCCUGUGCCUUUAUUUGUGGUUACCUGGAGGAACAGUGUAUGCUGGACUGUACCUUAUUCUGUGGACUGAUGUCAAAAGAGACUCUGCCUUUUAACCUGUACAGAAGGAAUUUUGCCUUGGACGGAAUAAGAAAGACUUUGUUUGAUAAAGUGUGUCUUGGCCCCGGGGGAUCUGUACACAGUUCAUCUGGGGACCAUUUUAUGGGACUUCAGUGGUCCACUUGUGGGUCUUAUGUAGUAUUGCCUUGUUCCUGUUUCUCUCACUUUUAUACCCUGGUGCAAUAAAGCCCCUGUGUAAACCCUGUUCACAGAGUGUGGUGUGUCGCUGUUUUGUGCCGGUCUCUUAUACGUCACACAAUGGGUGACACAGACAACCAGAAAUGUUUCCAGAGACAAAAAUUUCUCUGGACAAGGUCAAAGGCAGGAACUGUCCCUGGUGAUUAGGGUCAGUUGGCAACUAAGCAAGAAUAUGCUUUAGCUCUUCAUUAUGAGGAGUCCUCCCCCUGCUGCUCAGCCUGUUCAUAUGCAGAGUGUGGCUCUUUAAGAAUGUGAGCGCAACCCCCCUUCUCCCUCCCACCUCACAUUGAGCCCUCAGUAUGCAGCACUCGCCUUGCAUAUAUUAUGUUCAUGACGCAGCAGCAAAAAAAUGUGCAUGUAAAAACUGCAUUCAACUUUACAAGAGGAGACGGCAUUUCUUUUACCCUUUUAUUUCCCUUUCUCACACAAUGGUACCUGCACUUUCUGCCAAGCAGCGUUAGACUGGGGAAUGUAUUCUGAUUAAAUAUUAAUAAGGUGUGCAGCAAGCCCCGCUUUUUUCUUUCUUUCAUGGAAAUGCAUCCCCCUUUUCUAUAGCGCUGAGCCCUACAAGUGAGUUGUGAGGUGAAUUUAAAAGAGAGGUGGGAUGAGUCCUGCAGCCCAAAAUCCUAUCACAAAGGCUAAGAGGAGAGGAGCUCCAGGAGAAAGCACAACAUUGAUCCAUUUUGCUAGAUUGCCUUUACCUUUCCUGUAACAAUCCCUUGACUGGUCCAUUCUGAACAAGUGGUUCUCUGGGAGAAGUUCUGCCAUAAAGCAAUAUAAAGCUGUAACUGUAAAGGAGGAGGACAUAGCUACAAAUAACAUGAUUAAAACAAACUGUGCUUCGUGUGACCUGAAAAGUUCCAUUAACUAAGAAAUGUGCUCCAUUAUGCAGAUACUAUAAAAAGGAUGCAGGAAGCGUAAGGGCUGUGUAGUCCAGACUAGAGGCCAUGGAUGCUGGAACCUUACAACAGCACGAUGGAUCACUUACUGUCAAUGAGCAGGUGAUUGUUAUGUCUGGCCAUGAGACCAUCAGGGUUCUUGAAGUUGGUGUUGAUGCUCCAGUACAGUCUGAGGAGAGCGGGAAAGCUCCUGAAACUCCAGCACCUGAACCUGCUGACAGAAGUGAUUUGGCAAGAGACACUGUGCUGUGUCAUGUAGAGAAUACAUGUACUGAGCCAACAGUGAAAUCAACAGCUGGAUUAGUAACUACUUCUAUUCCAACUCUUUUCACCCAUGCCUCAAGCCAGCCACAGCCCACUAUUGCAUCGUUUGCUGUGCAACCUGCCCCCCAGGUUUUGACUCAGGAAAACUUAGCCACACUUCUGACAGGAGUUAUGGCUCCAGCAGGGCCGGUUACUCAACCUGUUCUAAUACCAAUAAGUAUUGGUGGUCAAAUGGCUGGUCAGCAGGGUCUGGCUCUGUGGAACUUUCCAACUGCAACAGUAGCUACAUUGCCAGGAUUAACAAAUGCAUCUCCUGCUGGUGGUGUAUUUAAACUGCCUUUAGCCAAUUUGCAAGCAGCUUCUCUUUUGAAUACUGCCUUGCAGGCUCCAGUGCAGGCUGCCCAGGCCAUUCAGACAGUUUACCAGACACAACCAGCACUCCAAGCCCAGCCUUCCCUACAGACAGCUAUCCAGCCAUUGACCACUCUGCAAGCUGCUGCACCUUUACAGGGCACACUACCAAAAGCAGCGGAGACACAGUCGCAAUUCACAGUACAGCCAGCAAGCUUCACCUUCAACCCAGCCAUUAUCAGUGCAGCUUCUCUUGGUGGUCAGACACAACUCCUGGGCUCACUGGCAGCCACUCCAAUAAUAGCCAAUGCCAUUCCUGGAGUACAAGGGAUUACAAGCCAGAUAAUAACCAAUGCCCAGGGACAGGUUAUUGGUGCCCUACCAUGGUUGCUGAACUCACCAGGGAUCGCUGCAGGUGCUGCAACAGCUGUCUCUGCUCAGAAUUUAGUCCAGACUGUGACUCCUCAGUUGCUGCUAAAUGCCCAAGGGCAAGUCAUUGCCACUCUGGCUAGCAGUCCCAUACAGCAAGCUGCUGUCAGAAAACAAUCCCCUCAAGAUUCACCAGCUCAUCCCAAGUCAGAACAACAGGUGAUCCAGCCUACACCAGCUAUUACACAACCUUCUGUGGUUGUGACAAAUCCAGCUCCACCCACCACAUCAACAUCUACACAAGUCCAUAUCAAUUGCUCUGAGCCCCCAACUGUGGGUCAGCUAGUUUCCAAAGCGCAUGGUGGGAACUAUGAUGAUGAUGGAAUAAACCUGGAGGAAAUACGUGAAUUUGCUAAGGAGUUCAAAAUUCGACGCUUGUCUCUGGGUCUUACCCAGACACAGGUGGGCCAAGCCCUAACUGCCACUGAAGGACCAGCAUACAGCCAGUCUGCCAUAUGUAGGUUUGAGAAAUUGGACAUUACACCAAAAAGUGCUCAAAAGCUAAAGCCAGUAUUGGAGAAAUGGUUGAUUGAGGCAGAAAUGAGGAAUCAAGAAGGACAGCAGAAUCUAAUGGAAUUUGUAGGUGGAGAACCUUCAAAGAAGAGAAAAAGACGCACCUCUUUCACUCCACAGGCAGUAGAGGUUCUGAAUGCCUACUUUGAGAAGAAUUCGUUGCCUGCUGGGCAGGAAAUCACAGAUAUUGCUAAAGAGCUUAAUUAUGACCGAGAAGUUGUUAGGGUGUGGUUCUGUAACCGCCGCCAAACUCUGAAGAAUACCAGCAAGCUCAAUGUCUUUCAGAUUCCUUAGAAAGGGACAGGCAGUCUUGUUGUCACCACCUUUUCUUAACCACCUCAUCUUCUCACAUUUAACGGUGGUGAUGCCAUGUGACAUUCUUCUUGUGAAAGCACUUUGUGACUUGAUUUUGGCUUUCUGUGUUAUGGCCAGCUGUGCAUUGGAGCCAUCCCCUUCUCCUGUGUAUUAUUUUGUAAUAGGACAGAUGCCAAGCAUGGUAAAAGGUCAAUAGCCAUCACAGCCGGACGUUUCCGGUGGUCUUAUUUCAGAAGUUUUGCAUACUCGGUGUCUGAAGUAGCCAAAUUGUGUUCCCUCUGUGGUGGGCAAAUAUAAGCUUCUGCAAGCAAAAAAAAAAGAAAAAAAAUAUUGUAUGCUGCUGCUCCUUUAAACUUUUGUAACAUGCUUAAUUCUAAGCAGUCUAGGAAAUCCUAUGAGCACAGAACCAGCCUGGAGAUGGGCAAAUUAUUCAGCACCCAACAAAAACAUUUUUGAAGAAGAAACCCCACUUUGUUUAUGUGCAUAUUAUUCCAUAUUUAUAUGCCUACAUUGAAAACUC